AUGGAAGGUGUAAGUGCAGAGUUUCCAGAACUUGAAAAUGUUCCUAGCUCUCAAAUAUCUCUCACGGAGGCUUCCCAUUUACAGAGCUUUGCGUCUGCUACUGAAUGUAAUACGGAGCCGUUCGAAUUCGAUAAAAGCAUUGAUGAAUACCUGAAAAGUCUCGAACUCAUCAAGUCGCAGCAAGAUGCAAGACGAAAGAAGGCGAGCCUGCUGCUCGAUCGAUAUCGAGAGGCAAGCUAUUUGCUGAGCCACGAACCAGGUUUGGAGCACAGAUGGCUUACUGGGUUAUCUGCUGUUCAAGGCUACUUGCUGAACCAAUCCUGGACUCACGGGCACAGAUGGCUUACUGGGUUAUCUGCUGGGCCUCGUCCUGACUACCAUUCGGCAAGAAAGUGGGAAAAGGAUCGUUGUUCAAACAAAGCUGCUGGAUAUUCGAUAAAUAUUCGAAAUUCCACAGUGUGUGCAGGAAACUCCUUCCCUGGUGGUAGUAUCAGUUGUAAGACAUAUAGCGAUAACGUGUCAAAAAGAGACAAAGAGAAUCAAGAGGAGAGUGCCGAUGAACAAAGAAAGAAAAAGCGCAGUACAAAAAUAAGUGAUUAUUUUCCAUGCGACGACACACAUAAGUUUCAACACAUACGAGGGCCAUUUGAGAAUGUGGACACUAACGUGUAUAGUACACAAUCACCAUGCCCUCCGACAGGAGAACUUCUGACUCAUUCUGAUAAUACUUUCUUUGAGAAAGAAGACGACAUAGCAUCAAUUAAUGAUGUCCCGCCAGAAAUGUCCUUUGAACUCGGAGAUGCAAGUAGACAUUACGUUUUAGGAGGUGUUGAUGUAUCUCAAUUAUUCCGUAGUUAUAAAAACCAUUCACUGGAGCUCGGGGCUUGUUCGUGGAGUCGAAUCUCAUCUUUACUGGAUGAAAUCCAUAAAGAAUGUCUGCCGAUGCAACGAACUGUAUUGGAUCCGAACUGUGAAUCAACCUUCAGGAAAGCCAUUAAGAUGGCAGUGAAAUAUUCGUGUGAGGACGCCACAAACUGGUUAUGUGAUCAGCUUGUGCACGAAAAAGCAUUACGAGGGAAUGCAGGUUACGUCAUCCUUGAUUCUCUAAGAACAUUGCCGAUGUUAAGAAUAAGGAGCGAUCACAGCGAAAUGACGCACAUUACUAAUUAUUUUGACCGAAUCAUGAGAGGGUUUUUUGAUAGUCCAAAUGAACACAUAGUUCAAUGGCCAAACACAGCCCUGGAAGAGAGUAAGAUCAGAGCUUUUGAAGGACGAACCAAGCAACCUGAUUUUAUCACUUCUGUCGUUCACCAGUUACAUACGAAAACUGUUUUAUUUGUGGGUGAAGUGAGCCCCCCAUCACAAAAAAACAACACAUUCAAAAACUGUAAUGAUCUCAUCCGCGUUGGUAUCUUUAUGAAGGACUGCUUGGAUUCGGCUAUUGACAAAGGAGCAGAUGUUAAGGUGUUGGGGUUUCAAUGUAUCGGUAAGGCAAACAAUAAUGCAAACAAUAACGCUUUUGUUGUUUGA